AUAACAUCAGCAUUAAAUAAUAAUAAAUAUUAAAAGUUCUGAAAGACUGAUUAACAUGUUAUUUCAACCUACUCUCCUAACUUUCAACUCUUAUGCAUUCAAAUCUUCAAAUAAAAAUCAACCAUAACCUUUCAAAACUAGAUUUUUGAACUUUGUAUUUUUAGACCUUCAGUUUUCCGUAUUACAAAUUGCGAGUAUUGGUUCAUCAAUACAUUAAAAUCGAAUAUGUUCUUGAAAACAUUAGUAGGCCAAACUAUCUUAGAAAUAUCCAAAAGAUCUCAACAGAAGUAUAUCAGAACAUUAAGUCAAUGUAUCCAACGAAAUAUGGCAUCCAAGUUAUUCUCUGGUGAAGCAGACAGGUUUCGUGGGAUUACUGUUCAUUCAAAUGUAGAACUUUGUGAAUCCUCUGAUUUAGCAAAAAAACUAGAAGAAUCCCUUGAUUACUGGAGGGAAAAUAAUAAAAGGACAAUUUGGUUCAAAGUUUACUUGGAACAAUCUGACUGGGUACCUCAUCUAGCAAAGAAAGGCUUCAAGUACCACCAUGCUAAAGAAGACUAUGUUAUGAUGUAUUUAUGGCUGCCAAUUGAUGAAUCAAACAAUAUUCCUGCAUAUGCCCAUACAUUAGUUGGUGUGGGAGGCAUAGUUGUGAAUGACAAGUCUCAAAUUUUAGUAGUCAGAGAAAAAUAUGCAACAAGAGUGUUCUGGAAACUGCCAGGAGGAUAUGCAGAGCCUGGUGAAAAUCUGGUUGACACAGCCAUCAGGGAAGUAAGGGAAGAAACAAACAUCACGACAGAAUUUCAAAGUGUUAUCGCAUUCAGACACACUCAUGGAAGAGUUUAUAACUGUUCGGAUAUAUAUGUGGUUGUCAGUUUGAGGCCAACCUCUAAUGAUAUCCAGAAGAGUAACCAAGAAAUAUCAGAAUGUCUGUGGAUGGACAUUCAAGAGUACCUGAAUCAUCCCGAAAUUCAUUCACUUAAUAAACAGCUAGUUCAAAAAUACCUGGAGUAUAAGGAAAAGAAUAUAAGAAUAAGUUGUGAGAGUGGUGUCCAUCAAGUGUUAAAAGUUCCUUAUACAUUUUAUUCUGUUGAAGAAGAUGGAGAUGUUGCAAAAGAAGAAAUCAAAAGUUGACCAUAGGAAUUCAUUAGCAAAUAUUGUGCUAGAUAGGUGUGGGAUAAAGUGAAGGGUCACUAUCAUAAGAGAAAUAUUUUUAAUAAAAUUUUAUCAAACAGA